GAGAGGCCUAGGGAAAAAUUAUGAAGGGGGGUGACAAGAGGAAACCACCUUCCUGCCCUCCCUCCGCUCCCCUACCUUUUGCUGAGAAACGUGGAAUGUAAAGACUGCAGGGGGAAGGAUCAGACUGGCCUCAGCUCUCCAAGAUCUUUCACAUGUUCACAGUUCUGGUGUUAACCUUUUGUGCCAGUUUGGUGUAGCAGUUAAGGGCAGUGGACUCUGACCUGAAGAACCAGAUUUGAUCCCCCACUCCUUCUCCACAUGUAGCCAGCUGGGUGAUCUUGGGAAGUGCAGCUCAGAUUCAAAAUGGAGGAACAGGAGCCACCAGCAGCCAAAUCCGAGGAGAGAUUGGCAGAAGCAAGAAGAGACCCCCCCAUUGUUCAGGCUGGGACCAUUGGAGAGUUUUUAACCAUGGAAUGUCCUCAACAAAUUAAACAAGAACCAGAUGAAGGUCAAGAACAGUGUUGGGGUGCCCAGUGGCAGGAGUUCCUGAAGACAGCAGAAUCUCCUCAGCAGGGGUGGCCUCAGUCUUCCUCAGAGGAUGGCGCAAAGGAAAACCAGGCCUCCUUCAACAGUAAAAUGGAUGGGAGACUGUGGCCCAGAGGAGAGCAUAGGAACCACUCCCCAGGAGAAAGUGAUGAAACUAAUGAAACCCCUGAUUUUUCAGUGAAAGUGAAGGAGGAGAUUCUGGAUGAGGACAUUGUCAGCUUGGAGAUGGACCACCAGCACUUCAGGGAGUUCUGCUACCGGCAGGAUGAGGGACCCCAAGAGAUAACAGACCCCUUGGGAUAUGAGGUAGUAAAAUCCCCCAAGUCAGAGGAAGAUCCCUUGGAGAUCAUCAAGCUGCGGAUCCCCCUGGAAAUCAAGGAGGAGAGCGAUUGGGAAGUCAGCCCACUGGAAUGUGAUGAGCAUGUGCACAAGAAUGAGGACAACCCCCUUGAGGUGGAAAGACCUGAGCCGGAGGGCAUCAGUGGAAUAUCACUGGGAAGAGCUGGAGGAAAUUUUUUCUGGGGACCUGAGAUGGAAGAGAGGCAUGGAAGUGAACAGGAAGAGGAAUGGCAUCAUGGAAACUACCCAGCAAGCAGAACGUUCCUUUGUGAGGACAGUGAGCAAAAUAGUGAGGAGCUAUGGCCUCACAGCAUCAGUGUUCCCAAGAACCAGCAGGUGCAGGUGAAGGGUAAACUGCAUUGUGGGAAAAUCUCAAACCACAAAGUAUCCCUCAUCCCACAUGAAGCACCUCACGAGGGAGGGAAAUCAUACAUCUGUUCUGAGUGUGGGAGAAGUUUUGGCUGGAGGACAAAUCUUGUGAAGCACAAGAGAAUCCACACAGGAGAGAAGCCAUACACAUGUUCAGUCUGUGGCAAAAGUUUCAAUGCAAAAUCCACUCUAAUUAAACAUGAGAGGUCCCACACUGGAGAGAAGCCAUAUGAGUGCUCAGAGUGUGGGAAAGCCUUUGGUGAGAAAGGGAUCCUUGUUAAGCAUAUGAGAAUCCACACAGGAGAGAAACCACAUCGAUGUUCAGACUGUGGGAAAAGCUUCAUUGAGAGAGGUGCCCUGAUUAAGCAUGAGAGGACGCACACGGGAGAGAAACCAUAUGAAUGUUCAGACUGUGGGAAAACCUUUAGGAUCAGCUGCCACCUAAAGCUUCAUCAAAGAACACACACUGGUGAGAAACCACAUAAAUGCUCCGAUUGUGGCAAAAGCUUCAGCGAGAGAGCCUCUCUCGUGAAACAUGAGAGAACCCACACAGGAGAAAAGCCUUACGAAUGCUCUGAGUGUGGGAAAAGCUUCCGGAUCAGUUUCCAGCUCGUGAUUCAUAAAAGGACACACACAGGGGAGAAGCCACAUGAAUGCUCAGACUGUGGCAACAGCUUCAGGGAGAUAGCCUCUCUUAUCAAACACAAGCGCACCCACACAGGAGAGAAGCCGUACGAAUGCUCUGAGUGCGGGAAGAGCUUUCGGACCAGUUUUCAACUGAAAACUCAUAAAAGAACACACACUGGUGAGAAGCCAUACCAUUGCUUGGAUUGUGGGCAAAACUUUAGCCAGAGGUCCCGUCUCGUUAUACAUGAGAGAACUCACACAGGAGAGAGACCUUAUGGGUGCUCAGAGUGUGGGAAGACCUUUGUGUCUAGCUCUCAUCUUAGAAAACACGCUGUGGUGCACACAGGCGAAAAGCCACAUAAAUGCUCAUACUGUGAGAAAAGCUUCAGUAAAAAAUCAAACCUCAUUGUACAUGAGAGAAUUCACACUGGAGAGAAACCGUACGAAUGUGCAGUGUGUGAAAAACGAUUCUGUAGUUCCUCAGUUUUCCACAGGCACAUGAAGAUCCACCCAGGAGAACCAUCAUAAGGACAUAAAUUGUAGGAAAGGCUGUGUUAGGAAAACCCAGAGGGGAGGGGGACUUUCCAGGAGUAUAACUAGAAUGAAGGAAUGGGGACUCACCUAUCCUGGAUAUUGCUGGCCUUGUAACACAUCAACACUUAUUAAAACAACAUUACAUUA